AUGGUUCGGUAUUUUGAAGUUCAUUGUAGUGCCCGGCGCAUCAAGACGGAGGCAGAGCAGUGUGGCAGCCCCCCAGCAGGAGGAGCGCGGUGUGGCCUCAGCGCCCCGGGCGCUGGACAGGACGACUCGGACGGUGCGUGGCGCGUCAAGGUGAAGGCAGAGCAGUGCGACAGCCCUCCUGCAGGUGGAUGCAGCGCCGGUGACCCCCCAGGACAGGACGACUCGGACGGUGCCCGGCGCGUCGAGACUGAGGCAGAGCAGUGCGGCAGCCCUGCUGCAGGAGCACCGCGGCGUGGACGCAGCGCCGCGACCUCGGGGCAAGGCGGCAAGGACGGGUUGGAGGCUGAGGAGCCGUGGCUGCACAUCGACGCCACCUUCUCGCUCGCCUCUGGAGUCGGCCACGCCAAGCAGGACUCCGCGGCCAGCGGCACGGCUGGGGACGGAGGGGCGGACCGCGCUGUCGCCUCGCAGUGUGCGGAGCGUGGAGCGGCCUUGGAUGCCGAGGCGGGCCUGGAGAAGCACCUCGCAGCGCGCGGCAAGCGGCACGCCUGCCUACACUGCGGCAAGGACUUCCAGUGGGCAGCCCGUCUUGAAGAGCAUUCAAGAACCCACACUGGGGAGAAGCCUUUCAAGUGCAAAGUGUGUGGGAAAAAGUUUGCGUAUUCAGGCAAAUUGAAAUCACAUCAACGGAUCCACACGGGUGAGAAGCCUUACCAGUGCAAAGUGUGUGGAAACAAGUUCACCCAAUCAAGCUAUUUGAAGACGCAUGAAAGGAUUCACACUGGGGAGAAGCCUUACCACUGUAAUGUGUGUGGAAAGAAGUUCACCCAAUCAGGCGCUUCGAAGGCGCAUGAGAGGAUCCACACUGGGGAGAAGCCUUUCCAGUGCCAAGUGUGCGAGAAGUGGUUCAACCAGAGGUCUCAUCUUGCCGCGCACUGCAAGACCCACGCUAAGAAGAAGACAGUUUAAUCCUAAUGCACGUAGUUUUUGUAUGCGUUCGGACGUUUGCCCAUGCGGCCUGCCUCGUAAGACGCAAAGGUGUCCAAGCUUCUCGAGGUUAAUUUCAAGGACAGAAUUUUCGGUACAAAUAUUGUAUGCGUAAAUUCUAUCCAUCCCUAAUAGAGGUCAUGUGUAUGCGCCUCUUCGUUGUGUUUAAACACACAUUGAAGUCUCAAGUUAUGUUUUGUUACGAACUAGACACAGUUAAUCUUGCCAAAACUUAAAACUUUUCACUAAUUUUUGUGGCUAACCGUUUUUUUUUACUGUACUUGGUUAUCAAAACGAUUUUGCCCUGUGUAUUUAGAAAACGUUUUGACCUGUAAUAUAUUCAUUACGGACUGGCUGGGUUUGAAUAUGAUGUAUUUUCUUUGUUGGCUGUUGAUUGUAUUGGGAUGCAAAAGCUUUGUCCCUUUUCGAGUGAUUUAUUGUCAAUUAAAAGUUUCGUUACUUUUUAGUUCUCCGAAUGUAUCCCUGAUUGAGGGUUUUCUUGGCGCACAAUGUUUGGUUCAUUGCAAUUACCAUGUGUUUUUCAUUCUGACCUGCCCAUAUUGAAUCAAAAUACUCAGCCUCGUCGUGCGUUGUGUGUCGACAUGCUCCUAGUACCCAGUUCACAUUCAAGUGCCUUGAAACGCUGUAUCGGUCUGUGCAUGCCCUAGCGGCGGUUGGUGUUGGUGUGUGGUCACGUGACCUGGUGCAG